AUUUUUCAAAUAAAAUAAAAACUGCAUCUAACAAUAGAAGACUAACGAUAAAAACUAUUUAAGAAACGCCAAAGUGAUGUGUCUUAAUUCGCACGAUUAUUAUAAAAAGUGAUUCAACGCAUAAUCUAAUUCAAUGUGCGAUUGUUGCCGACCAUCAAUUAAGUGUCUUACAGAAUGGAAUCGCGUAUAUCAAUAUUCAUUCUCUGUUUAUUAUACGUCACGCGAGCUUCUGAGGUGCAAUCGGAAGAAAUCGAGUUUAAGGAGAGAUUCCCGAGAGCGAGAGCCGUCGAAGAUCUAUCGAGACUAGAUGCAUCUCUGCAGGAACCUGAUGGAACCGACCGACAAUCCGCGUAUAAACUACGCGAUAAGAGAGCUCUCGGUCUUCUGCUGUCAGGUUUGGCCCAGAUCUUCGGAUACACAGUGACUCCGAUUCAAGUCGCCUCGCUGCCGAACCCGACAAACGUCACGAGACCUGCGAUGUCGAGCUCCACGAUGGGGCAACAAACUGCGUCUACUCAACCAAUGUCGAUGAACGCGACAGCGCCGAAACAACAGGAAACCAUCCGAUUCACCGGCGUGGUGAACUUCGGCAAUAAUACGGAUAUCAUAGGCCAUCUUCAGCGUUACGAGCAGAUCUUCCACGGUCGUCAAAAUAAUGCGACAAACGCGAUGAUGAUGACCUCGCAACCCGUAUCGAUGCCGAUGCCGAUGCCGAUGCCUCCUGCGAAAAUUUCGGUGGACCCGACAAUCAACUCGGCGACGAGGCCACCCUUGUUGGCGCCAUUUUUCGUCAAGAUUCCGUUGCCGAUCGCGCCUGAUCUUCCACCAGCCACAAUGCCAAUCGAGAAUUUCAAAUUGUCGGUACCCACCUCGGCAUCAAUUUCAAUCAUGAGCGAAUCAAACAAGAUCCUGGAAAUGCCGAUGAGGAAAGAGCAAGAAACGAUAUACAGAAAUAACGAGAACACAGAACGACUCAUGGUGGAGGAAAAGGAUAUCUACGAUGAGAAAGACGUGAUGAAGCCGAUGAGCCAUCAUACUCAUCAGCUACACGAGCCGAGCUUGCAGCAGCGACAUAAACAGGAAGAGCGUAUCGAGGAACUCCAGGAGCAGAAGGAACGGACCAACUGCGACAUGAAUAAAUAUCAUAAAGAUAAGAUAAACGAAAGAAACAGAAAUCGAGAAGAAGAAAUUGCUCAUCGAAAUCGAGAACAUGCUUCCAACGACGAAUCAACGGAGGAGAAAACGCCAGCGGAUGACGAUGAAGAGAAUGAAGAGUCCGCUGAGAGAUACGAGGAACGUCCCAAUCAAGCAAAUAAGUCGAAACAGCCUCCAAGGGAGGACGAGAGCGAAGAAGUUGAAGACGACGAGCCCGAUCAACAGUUUCGCGAACAACCUGAGAACUUUGACAAGUAUUUAGAAGUGAGCUACAAUCAGCAGUUACCUAUCGGCGACUAUUUCCACGAGGGUGAUCCCGAAAUGAUCCGCGACAGCUACGGUGAAAUAUUGAAUAACAAGAAACUAGAAGACGACAGAAUCGGAUACAUCAACAUGUUCAAACAUCCGCCUGUUCCCGAAGACGCAUCCGGAGAAGAUGAAAAGGAGCAACCUCCCGCGGACGGUUACGACCAACACUUGAUUAGAUUACAGAAGCUCCGAGAAGAAUACGCCUUACCGAAGAAUAAGUAUGAAGAAUACGACUUGAAUGACGAGAACGAAGCGGAAAGGGACGAAAGGGCCCAGAACCGUACGUCGACUCGACCCAAAAUCCAAGGACGUGUUCGAGGCAAGGAAGACAAUCCUCGCGCGAGGAUACCACCUGGAGUAAACCAAAAUAUUCUGCGCGAUGACGCCGGGAACACAAAGUCGCAGGAGGAGAUAGAUCUCGUGAGACACGUACCUCUAAUCGUGCCCAUACGUUACAUCGAUGCGAACAACAAGGUUCAGCAGGCAACGACGCAACAGUUGAGCUACGAAGAAUCGGAUAAAUUGCCGAAUGGUCGAUUCUCUCAAGGUAACGUCGAUGCCACGCAAACUCUAGCCAAAGAGAAGCUGACUCCGCUGAUCGGUUUGCCCGAAAGACCGCGAAAGUUGCACGAAGGCGAGCACAAAGAAUUGCAAGUAUGGCCGCCGCCCUUCGAUUACGCCUUCGACAAUACGGCACCGACCAGAACUGUUAUUUCACCCAAUUCCCAGAACCCUUCAAAUUAUCAAUAUGUACAAAACAUCGCGGCAAAUGACGCGAACAGCGAACAUUCUUCGGAGCAACCUUCCGGUUUCCUGGUGGUCGUUGGAAACUCAGCACAUCCGUAUCGAUAUCCCUACAACGUUUACUACUUCCCGAACGAAAAUACAAACCCGCAAAGUCAAGAUCCUCAAAAUACCGAAGCCACAUAUCAGCGAAGCCAAGUCUACGUUCCUCAAAAUACUAAUCAACAGUUUAUCCGAGUGAACUCUAAUCUUAGCGAAUAUAAUCUGAAUGGGACCACGAGGGAUCGCUAUCAUCAGCCUCACGAAGCUCCAACCAAUGUUCUCAAUCGUUACAGAUACAUUUUUAACGAACGCGUUCCUGAGAAAGAAUCGGUUAAUGUUGACCUUAGAAAUCAAAUUCCUAAUAACUGGUCAAGCAGAAUAUAUCAAUCGCAACCGCAAGCUGAGCAAUCUUCUCCAGUCCUCAUGCAGUUGCAAAAUAUGAGGUCUUUACAUCAGAAUUUGCAAAGUAGGCCUUCCAUUUCGCGUUAUUCGCGAUCAGCGAGAAGACCGAAAAAUCCCCAAGCAAAGGAUCAAGGCAAGAAUGAUGGAGAGAUGAAGAGUUUACAACCGAUUCCGACAAAUAAAUCAGAGGACCAACACGAGGAUGAUGGAAGGAUGAAGAUUCUAAAACCGGCCUCGACGAAUAAACCUUUCGACGAUCCCCAGAGCGCGCACGACUUCUUCGGCUUCAACAAGGACGAUUAUAGCUUCGCAGGCGAAAGCAGCGACGCAUUGAAAGUCGCCGAGGAGAACGGUAAAAUUAUGAAAGAAUCGGACAUGCCCCUCGAUCCGGUCGUUUAUCAUCAUGACGAAAGUGUCAUGAAACAAGCCGACGAACCGGAAAAUGAUACGGAGAAAGCCAAAGUCACAGAAUACAGGAACAAAGUGACGACCUUAAAGAUAUCGGAGCAGAGGCAAUUAACCCCGAACGGACCAAUCCAUUACGUAAACUUUAUACGUAAUAUUUAAUUGU